AUGGCGUUUGCUGUCAAACAUUCUAAAGAAUCAAUGGGAAAACCAGGAUUGCCUCUUUCUUCUCCAGGGGCAGAAGCGGUUGUCCAGUGGUAUCUCCACGGCGGCCCUGGCAGGAGGAAGAACAAGAACAACAAUUGUAGUGACGAAGCCAAGAACUUUCUCUUAUCCAUGAGAUGGAGUCUGUGGUACGCAGAUACGGGAGGAAGGAAAGAAUUGCGGUACACUUCGCCCAAUGGGAAAGUUUAUUACUCUCUUAGAACAGCCUGCAAAGCUUGCAUUGAUGAAGAACUUCCUAAAGAAGUUGCUUUUUCUGAUUUAAAUAAAAAGCAUAUGGAGUCUUGUUCUGAGUCUUCACAUGCGUCACAGUCAAGAAAGAAGAGGAAGAGGGAGAUGUCAGAAAAUUUAAAAGAAUCCAAAAGAGGAAAACCGUUGAAAACUCUGAAGAAAUUAAAAGAUCUUCAAAAGCGUAAGAAUCCAGCCCGCGUGCAGGUGAUUUCUGGAACUUCAAGGGUUAAUCUUAGAGUUGUAUUGUCUAAGUUGAUCGAAAAGAAAGUGGUAAAGCCAGGGGCAUUGGUGUGUUAUAGUGGGAAUUUGGGUGAAGGGUGGAUUUGUAGUGCGGGGAUCAAGUGUAAAUGUUGCAACAAGGUGUUUACCAUGAGUGAUUUUGAGGCUCAUCUGGGUAGCAAGAAGCAUAGGCCUGCUGCUAACAUUUUUCUUGAAGAUGGGAGGUCUUUGUUGGACUGUCAAAAGGAACUGUUGAUCAAUAACGAAUCGGCAAGUGAUGGUAAUCAUCAAGAUGUGAGUUAUGAUGUUUGUUGUGUUUGCCACUAUGGAGGUGAAUUAAUCAUAUGUGAUUUAUGUCCUACCACUUAUCACAAGGAUUGCCUUGGCCUAAAGGAGGUCCCUAGUGGAGACUGGUUCUGCCCCUCAUGUUGUUGUGUGAUCUGUGGUGAAGGAAAAUUUGACAUAUCAAGGGAGAAUUCUGUGGAUGAUGGUGUUGUUCGGACUUGUCAUCAAUGCGAGCAUAAAUAUCAUAUGGGUUGUUUGAGGAGGAGAGGGGAGGUUAUUACCGAAAAUUAUGCUCAUGAUAAAUGGUUUUGUAGUAAUAGGUGUGGACAUGUUUUUAGUAGCCUCAAUAAUCUUACAGGACUGCCUAUACCACUAGGUGUGGAUGAUUUAAUCUGGAGAUUAUUGAAGAAUGGUAUGCCCUUGAAAGAGGACCAAGGAAUGUUAAAGGAUGCUAUUGAUGUUAUGCAUGAGUGUUUUGAGCCAGCUAAGGAUCCUCUAACAGGAAAAGAUCUUGUUGAAGAUGUUAUCUUAAAUAAUAAAUCAGAGAUGAAGCAUAAAAACUUUGAAGGAUUCUACACAGCUGUUGUGGAGAGGAAAGGAGAAAUAGUUUCUGUAGCUUCUGUUAGGGUGUUUGAGGAGGUUGCUGAGGUACCAUUAGUUGCUACCAACUUCCAGUAUCGAAGACAGGGAAUGUGUCAGAGUUUGAUGGGUGAGCUUGAGAGGCAGCUUGUUGGAAUGGGAGUGAUGAAAUUGGUAUUGCCUUCAGCCCCUAGUGUGCUAAAUACAUGGACUACAAAAUUCGGGUUUUCAAAAAUGACAGAAUGUGACAGACUUGAGUACUCGAAGUAUUCUUUCCUGGAUUUCCAGGAUACAAUCAUGUGUCACAAGCUGUUAAGUAAGUGUCAACCAGGAGCAAUUUGGCCAACAACAGCAAGCUGUAUUUCUUGUUCCAGCCCCACCUCUGAUAGGAAAUUUCUUAGCCCCAGUCCCACCUCUGUAUUUCUUGUUGCAAAUUGA